AUGGAGGGCAUGGAUAUGGGCAGCUCGACUUCACACAGUAUGAGCUCAAUGAGCUAUAUGAACAUGGUGUUCAAAAACGACCACAACACACCACUUUUCUCCAAUACAUGGACUCCCUCAUCCUCAGGUAGCUUUGCAGGCACAUGUAUCUUCUUGAUUAUUCUCGCUAUCAUUGAUCGAUGCCUCAUCGCUUUCAAAUCAACCAUGGAGCGCCACUGGCUGGCCACGCAUCUCAAUCGACGAUAUGUCACUGUGGUCGGUAGAAACACCGAAGCUUCCAAUAUUGAGUCCGACCCGGAUGCGAAACUCGCAUCGCUUAUCACCGCGCACGGCGUUGAGGAAUCCGUCAAAGUUGUGCACAACGUCAGUCAUGGGCCAAUGCCCUGGCGGUUCAGCGUUGAUCUCCCGCGAGCAUUGCUAUUCUUAUGCAUUGUUGGCAUAUCCUAUCUACUCAUGCUAGCUGUCAUGACUAUGAACAUCGGCUAUUUCUGCUCGGUACUUGGAGGCGCAUUUCUCGGGGAAUUAGCGGUCGGACGCUUCAUUCAAACUAAUGAGCACGGACACUGA